AUGCUUUCGCACUUGCGUCUAUCUAGGCCUUCAGUGAAACCAAUAGUUCUGUUAGCUGUUUUAUCUAGACUUUUUGUUUGGAUCCUUGCAUUCCUGUCUUCAUAUGCUCUCGAUGACUACGACUCGGCGGCAGAUGUAUUGUUCGAGGCCGACUCGUCGUUGCAGAAAUUAUUCAACUUGACAUUUCGCGCAUUCUUGCGUUGGGAUGCGUUUUAUUUUUUACAUUUGGCGGAAGAAGGUUAUGUCUAUGAACAAGAACAUGCAUUCUUUCCCGUCUUGCCCCUAGUCAUUCGCUUCUUUGGAAAUUAUGUCCUGUGGCCGUUAGAAUGGUUUCUAUUAAAGAAACAAGUAUUGCUCCUUGCCGGUAUUCUAGUGUCCAAUAUCUCCUUUGCAUUUGCGACGGGCAUGAUAUACAAACUGACCUUAUCCAUGUCCAAUGAUCACAAGUUUUCUCUCAUCACUGCUCUGUUUUACAUUCUCACACCAUCAAACAUCUUCAUGUCGUCAUUGUACACUGAAAGUUUGUUUGCCCUUUUGAGUUUUAUGGGAAUGCGAUGGGUAAUUCAGGGAAAUUUCUGGAAAGCUGCCUUGGUUUGGUCCGUGGCAUCCGGUGUAAGGUCAAACGGAAUAAUAUACGUAGGCUUUUUCGUAUUUGAACUCUUGAAAAGCCAUGCGGUCGGAUGUAAUCAUCUCAUCAAGAAAACCCUGUUAACUGUUCUGUAUAGUUUUAUUACUUCACUUGGGUUUAUAAUUUUUGAAAUUUAUGGCUAUUAUCAGUAUUGUUAUUUACAUUCGCCAAAGCGACCUUGGUGUGAUUCAAAUGUGCCGUUGAAUUAUCCAUUUAUACAGAAACAUUACUGGGCUUGCGGAUUCCUGACUUAUUAUGAAGUGAAACAGAUUCCCAACUUUCUGUUAGCAUCCCCUAUGAUUGUGCUUUCAUUGUGCGGCAUAUACACGUAUUCGAAUUUUGACCGGCAGAGAUUUCUUUGUUUAGGAUUUCGAAGAACGAAAUUAUUGGUUGAAGAUAAAAAUCAACCAACAGUAGUCGAAGGCAAGACCGCAUCUUCGCCUUAUUUCAAUUCAAACAUUCUACCAUUCAUUUAUUUAUGGGCCAUUCUCCUGUUCUAUGCUGUAACGUCUAUGCACGUUCAA